CUCGCUUCGCCUCUUCCUCUCUGCCUACAUUUGAAGGCCCGCUACUAGCGCAACUUUAUUGUUAUUUCAACUGCAGACAGUCUCUUUGCGAGUGGUUUGAAAUGCCGUUGCUCCAUCACAAAUGUCUUUAUUUCUGAGUUGUUUAUAGUAACAUUGCUCAUGUAGUUGUCUUUUAAUCUAUUCAAACCCUGCAAUAUAUAUUUGGUGACAAACUACACACCUGGACAUAAUUUGUGGCAAAAAAAACCUAUGCAGUAAGGGAAUUUUAAAAAUACUUUUCGCUGCAUAAUAAGGCCUCAUCGAUCCUCGGUCUUUUGUACGGAUUUUAACCGAUUUCGAAUGCUUGGCCGGUGGCCUCUGCAGCAACCAGACAAUUAAAAUCCCGGUGCCUGACCAUGGCCAGUACAGUGUGACAGGCACCUAGUCCCAGUGAAGUGACACAACCGUUAACCUGUUACUGGCACUGCCCUGUGCUGCUUCAGUACCCUCACCAUUUUAACUAUAUAUAUAUAUUAAGCGCUCAAUGCAACCCUAACCUAUUUCCAAUUUAGACUAUCAUAGAUUUAGGUCUAACUGUCAGUCAGACACAGAGCAGUGCUAGUUCCCAUACACUCCCAGUAUGGCGUCGGUUCCAGUAUACUGCCUGUGUCGCCUACCCUAUGAUGUCACACGCUUCAUGAUCGAGUGUGACAUCUGUCAAGACUGGUUCCAUGGAAGUUGUGUUGGAGUGGAGGAAGACAAAGCAGCAGAGAUUGACCUGUACCACUGCCCCAACUGUCAGGUCACCCAUGGGCCCUCUGUCAUGAGAAAGCGGCGUGGAGGAACCAAGCAGGCUGAUGCUGGAGCCACUGGAGGAAGAGACACUUCUGGUCGACCGGUAAAGACUGGCACUCCACAGUUUGUCAGAGAGCUACGUAGCCGCACCUUCCCAAGUGCUGACGAGGUCCUGUUGAAGCCGUCGGGGGCCCAGCUGACUGUGGAGUUCCUGGAGGAGCGUUCCUUCAGUGUUCCCGUGAUGGUCCUCAGGAGGGACGGCUUGGGCAUGAGCCUUCCCCCGGGGAACUUCGGUGUCAAUGACGUAGAGCACUAUAUUGGUCCAGACAGGGUGGUUGAUGUGAUUGACGUGUCUCGCCAAGCUGACCUGAAGAUGUGUCUAGGGGACUUUGUGGAGUACUACAACAGCCCGAACAGAGACCGAGUCCUCAACGUCAUCAGCCUGGAGUUCUCUGAGACCAGGCUGUCCAAUCUGGUGGAGACUCCAAAGAUAGUGAGGAAGCUAUCGUGGGUGGAGAACCUGUGGCCUGAGGAGUCAGUGUUUGAGCGGCCCAAUGUCCAGAAGUACUGCCUCAUGGGGGUCAAGGACAGCUACACGGACUUCCACAUCGACUUCGGAGGCACCUCUGUCUGGUACCAUGUACUACGGGUAAGAAGAGCGCCGUUAUGGGACAUUCACCCUCGCUCUUCAUCCCAACAGGUAUUCACCCUCGCUCUUCAUCCCAACAGGUAUUCACCCUCGCUCUUCAUCCCAACAGGAUGGAUCCACGCUGUGCUGACUCCUGUGGACUGUGUGGCCUUCGGAGGGAAUUUCCUACACAGCCUCAACAUUGACAUGCAGCUCCGAGCAUAUGAAAUAGAGAAGAGGUUGAGUACAGCAGACCUGUUCAGGUUUCCAAACUUUGAGACAGUGUGUUGGUAUGUUGGCAAGCACCUGCUCGACACAUUCAGAGGUCUGCGAGAGAACCGCAGACACCCUGCUUCCUACCUGGUCCACGGAGCCAAGGCCCUCAACAAUGCUUUCCGCAUGUGGACACGCAAAGAGUCGCUGACUGACCACGAGGUGGAGAUUCCAGAGACCAUAGAGACUCAGCGUCUAGUGAAGGACCUGGCCAAGGAGAUACGACUGGUUGAGGACAUCUUCCAGCAAGGCCGUCCUGCGGCUCCUUUCACCUCUACACAGGGCUUCCCCACCCCCCUCCCCAAAGCCUCCCCUCUAGCUGUCUCCCAGAGUCCAGGCCGCCCCCCGGGGAAGAAGAGAGGCCCCAAACCCAAGGAUAUGUCCCCCAGCCCCAAGAAGAAGGGUCAAAAGGGCUUAAUGAAAGAGGACGAGAAAUUCCAAUGUGGAAACAAGAAAAACAAGAAGAAGUUAGAGCUGCCUCUGGAGGAGUUUGCAGGGAAAAUGAGCAAGAGCAAACUGAAACUGGUGCUGACCAACGGCAAAAUACAGGGGAAGAAGGGUGGUCGUUCAGGCAUAAGUAACAGUGCGCGCCGUGCAUCUCAAUUCCAGCACCAUGCUAUGGGAGGGUCUACCUUGUCAGAUUUUGAGUCCGAGGACGAACUGCAGAUUGAUGAAACUCCCCCUCCACGACGCAAGGCUGGAGGAUCUAGCAAGAAGAAACUCAGUGGUCUUCCCCGGAAGCUACCAAGGGCCAAACCUUGCUCUGACCCCCAUCGCAUCAGGGAACCCGGAGAGGUGGACUUCGACAUUGAAGAGGACUACACUACAGAUGAGGAGGAGACCGUGACUGUCCAUGGAGUGAAGGGUGGAGCCGGGGGCAUCCUGGACCUGCUGAAGGCCAGCAAACAGGUGGCAGGGCUGGACUCUGCUCUCAGUGAGGAAGCGCCAGCCUCUCCCAGCACACGAGAAGCCAUUCAGGGAAUGCUCUCCAUGGCCAACCCUCCCUCCUCUUCCUCCUCUUCUUCGUCGUCCUCCUCUUCCUCCCCUCUCUCUGUCUCUGGAGGGCUGUCUGAGGGACUGGGAUUAGUCAAAGAGAAAGGAGGGAGAGCCGUGUGGGUGACAGGAGACAAUAAGAGCAGAACAGGAAGCGCCUCUAAAGAGAAGACGACGUUCCAGCGCCCCGGGAAACGGCCUGUCAAGCGGCCGGCCCGUCACCUUAGUGAUGAGGAGAGCACAGAUGAGCAGGAGACUCUUGGCACCUGUUUUAAAGACGCAGAGUAUGUCUAUCCGUCCUUAGAGUCUGAUGAGGAGGACCAGGUCAAGAUGAAGAGGAAGAGGAACUGGGGCGACACUCCUUGGAGCCCCAAAGCCCGGGUGACCCCCACCCUGCCCAAACAGGAGCGCCCAGUAAGGGAUGGGGCCAGAGUGGCGUCUGUAGAGACUGGCCUCGCUGCAGCUGCUGCCAAACUGGCACAACAGGAGAUCCAGAAACCCACCAAGAGGAAGUACACCAAAAAGCCCCGCCCUGUUGCCCCACCACAGCCCCCUCAGGCUGAGCUGUCCCCUCCCUCCCCCCCUCCGGCCCCGGAGCCUCCCACCCCUGACUUCAGCCCUGAGCGGAGGAUGGAGUGCUACUCUGCCAGCCUACUGGACCAUGAGUACACGGCAGGCCCUGGCCCGUUCGGCCCUGGAGGCCCCAGAGGGAGUGCUGCUAUGGCUCCUGGGGUGUUCCUCACCUCCAGACGACCCUCCCUCUCCCCCCAGAACAGCAGCACUUACUCCCCAUCAGCAGCCUCCACUGCUGGGCUAGCCAGCCCCGGCAGCACUGGAGCUGGUGGAGGGAAACGUCCAAAGAAAGGACUUGCAACAGCAAAACAGAGACUAGGAAAGAUUCUGAAAAUACACCGCAAUGGGAAGCUUCUCCUGUGAGAGAUGGAUGGAGAAAGAUUUUUAGGAAUGAUUCUCGGAGGAAAGAUGGAUGUAAUUUUAAAGAGAACUUGAAGGACGUGACUGCUUUAAGAGACUGUGUUUAUUUUUUGUUCUAUAAUUCAACUUUUGUUCAUCUGGUGUCCUCACCUAAACCUGUCAUCCACUCAUGUUCCACCCUAUACCCCUUCCCAGUCCCCUUUAAUAAUCAAUCAUUGCUUGAAUCUAUAUAGCGCUUUUCUAGCGCUGAAAUAUUCACAUUCUGCUUUGGUACUCUGCUUUCACAUUUGGGAUUAUUCAUACCUUCAUAUGAAUAUAUUGAGAAGCAUCUCAACAUUUAGUUGGUCAUGCACCGCUCAGAUUAAUGGAAAACAUAUGGUCAAUUAAUUGAUCUGUCUAAUCAUCAAUCAAACCAUUUAAUUUACAUGAAGGAAUCAUGUAUUCAUCAAAUUGGCAAUGAAAAAUGUCUGAAAUCUAUUUUAGUUGAUAAGUGAUAUAACCCAUGAUUCAUUUGACGUGGGUCUACUUUGUGUGCACAAGCGCGCAUGCUUGAAGGCAACGGGGUGAAUGUUUUAAAUGGGAAAUAAUGUAUUUCCUGACAAUUCAGUCAAAUGGGAUUUUGAGUUAGUUUUUAGUUUGAUAUUGACUAAUUUAGUUUGGGAUUAUUUAUUUUCAAAAGCUUUUAUAUUUAUUUUGUGGUAGUCGGAAUGCUUGCCUUUCCAGUUCUGUGUUGUCAUCCAUGUUCUCACCUCACUUUCAACACCUCAAGUUCACUCCAUCUUUUGUAUUUAUUUGACUAAUCUAGGUUAUUCCUUUUAUUCACCACCUGGGUUUUUCUUUUUUUCCCAUGUACAUAGCAACCAAAGCUUUUUAAAGGCACAGUGCAGUCAAACAUGUAUUUUUUCCUGUGUUGUAUAUAUAUUUUCACACAGAGGUUGGAAUAAUAUUGUGAAAAUUAUGAUUAUUCCCUUUUAGUGUACAAGCUGUUUGAAAAGUCCACCUGGAAUUUCAGCCUGUUUUAGUCAGAUGGAGUAUUGGUCUGCCUGGUGACUAAAUCAGUUAAUAGACCAAUAAGAAAGAGUUCCAAACGACUGACAAUAACAGCUAGUUUUCGGUUUUCCCCUCCCCACUCAG